UGCAGACUUCCAUCGUUUGGGAAUUCUUCUCCUUUCAGUCAAAAAGCUUCAAGUGACCCUGGCUCCGGUAAAGAUGGCUGACGAGGUGCAGCCUGAGCCUAAAAACCUGCAGAUACCAGGUGAAAAUGGAUCCACGCCGUCCUCGCCUGCCACAGCCAGAAGUGACUGCAGCAUCACGCCGCUCACACCCUCGCCUUCACCGAGGGUGGAGGUCAGACCCAGGAUGGCCUGUCCAUUUUCCGUUGUUGUGGCAAUAGACUUUGGGACAACCUCCAGUGGCUACGCAUUCAGCUUCACGGAGGACUCCGAAGCCAUACACAUGAUGAAACGCUGGGAGGGUGGGGACCCCGGUGUGGCCAAUCAGAAGAGCCCAACGUGCCUGCUCCUGACACCCGAAUUGAGGUUCCACAGUUUUGGGUUUGCAGCCAGAGACUUCUACCACGACUUGGAUCCAGAGGAAGCCCAGCACUGGCUUUACUUUGAUAAAUUUAAAAUGAAGAUCCACAGCACAAGUGACCUGACAAUGGAGACGGAUCUGGAGGCAGUUAAUGGUCGGAAGGUGAGAGCGAUCGAGGUGUUUGCUCACGCCCUCCGUUUCUUCAGAGAGCACGCGCUGAAGGAGGUGAAGGACCAGUCGUCGUCAGUGUUGGAGGGGGAGGAAAUCAGAUGGGUGAUUACUGUCCCUGCUGUGUGGAGACAACCUGCCAAGCAGUUUAUGAGAGAGGCUGCAUACCUGGCUGGUCUGGUGUCUACUGACUGUCCCGAGCAGCUCCUCAUCGCUCUUGAACCCGAGGCUGCGUCCAUCUAUUGUCGAAAGCUCCGCCUCCACCAGGUGAUCGAUCUGAGCAUGCAGCCAAUCAUGAAUGGCCUGGACCUGGACGAGUCCCGACCCUUUGACUCCAGCUUCAGACAAGCGCGGGAGCAGCUGCGACGAUCCAGACACAGCAGGACCUUCUUGGUUGAAAGUGGGACUGGAGAGUUGUGGUCAGAGCUGCAGACUGGCGACAGGUACGUUGUGGCAGAUUGCGGAGGAGGAACGGUUGAUUUGACAGUCCAUCAGAUUGAGCAGCCACAGGGAACUCUUAAAGAACUCUACAAGGCAUCAGGCGGCCCAUACGGUGCUGUCGGGGUAGACCUGGCUUUUGAAGCCAUGCUGUGCCAGAUCUUCGGGGAGGACUUCAUUCAGAGCUUUAAAGCCAAGCGGCCGGCGGCCUGGGUGGACCUCAUGAUCGCGUUCGAGGCGAGGAAACGGACAGCGUCGCCGGGGAGAGCCAACGCCCUCAACAUCUCCCUGCCCUUUUCUUUCAUCGACUUCUACAAAAGACACCGAGGGCAGAGUGUGGAGGCUGCCCUGAGGAGGAGCAAUAUGAAGAUAGUGAAGUGGUCGUCCCAGGGCAUGCUGCGACUGACGCAGGAGGCCAUGAAUGAAAUCUUCCAGCCCACCAUCAGCAACAUAGUCAAACACAUCGAGGAGCUGAUGAUGAAGCCGGAGGUGCACGGUGUGCGCUUCCUCUUCCUGGUUGGUGGUUUUGCAGAGUCGUCCAUGCUGCAGAAAGCAGUUCAAAAGGCUCUGGGAAGGACGUGCCGCAUCAUCAUCCCCCAUGAUGUUGGACUGACCAUACUGAAAGGUGCCGUGCUGUUCGGGUUGGACCCCACUGUGGUUCGGGUGCGACGAUGCCCGUUGACCUACGGGGUAGGAGUCUUGAAUCGGUUCCUUGAGGGACGCCACCCCCGAGAUAAACUCCUCCUCAAAGAUGGCCGCGAGUGGUGCACGGACAUCUUCGACCGCUUCGUCUGCGUCGACCAGUCGGUAGCGCUGGGAGAAGUCGUGAGACGGAGCUACACGCCGGCUCGGGCGGGCCAGCGCAAGAUCAUCAUCAACAUCUACUGCAGCGCAACGGACGACAUCACGUACAUCUCCGACCCCGGCGUCCGGAAGUGCGGAACGAUAACGCUGGACUUGCCGGAACCUCUGCCUCCACCUGGAGCGGUGGGCGGAGCAGGAGCGGAGAGGAGGGAGAUCAGAGCCACCAUGCAGUUCGGAGACACGGAGAUCAAAGUCACGGCCGUGGACAUCAUGUCCAACCGGUCUGUCCGGGCUUCCAUAGACUUCCUGUCCAACUAG